AUGGUAAAGCUCACUUGGGUUUAUCUCUCCAAUCUAGAUUUUGAAACAAAGCCAGAUGAUAUUCUGGCUGUACUCGAUCCUAAGUUUGCUCAUAUCUACCAGUGUCAUAAACUACCCUCAAGAUUUGAAAACCCGAAUAGUGCAGCCUUUAAACUGGGUAUUCCUGAAGAACUGGAAGAAAAGUACCUCUCCACGAACUUUUGUGUUGUUGGCCGAUAUAAAAAUGUAGGUCGGGACAAUCAUGGAAGACCCAAAGGUUUUUAUCGAGGUUUUUAUCGGUCCCAUAAAAAAAUUUCACAAUCAAUACGUCGUCGGAACUGGCAGUAG